GUUUUUUAUACACCAAUAAACCCAUUUUCUUUGGACUCGCGUUCAUUAAGUCACGUUUUCUGUGCGCGUUUGUUUGUGAUGUUGAGCGUGCUUCUUGAAACGGACAAUGUGCUCUACUUGAUCAUUAAAGACCCGGAUGACGCUCCACUAUCGUCAGGAAAAGAUGAAACGGUCCAGGACACUCUCGAGGAAGGUGUCGGGGUGGUGGAACCCGUGUCUUCGGGAAACGUCAAGCUGGUCAACCAAGUCCGACUUCUGUGCGAGGCCUCGACCAGCGCCCCGUCUCAAGAACUCGCCGACCUCCUCUUGCGGCCUCACCUUCUGGCCCUCCUCGAGACCCACGACACCAUCGCCGACCGCAGACACACGGGCGACGCAGGCACCUCCAACGGCUACAACAACGGCAUCAACGGCUGCCACGACAACGCCACCUUCAUGCCCGAGGAAAAUGGCUACCCGGUGGACGCCAUCCGGAUGGUGGGCCUCCGGAAGCGCCCCGACGAGCCCCUGGGGCUGACGGUGCGGGAGGACGAGAGCGGCUACCUGGUCAUCGCGAGGAUCAUGGCGGGCGGCAGCAUCGACAGACAGGGGCUCCUGCACGUCGGCGACGCCAUCUGCGAGGUCAACGGCGUCGAGAUCAACAGCCUCCAACAACUCCACGAAGAAGUGGCCAAGUGUCGAGACUCCGUGACGCUGAAGGUGCUGCCGGCCCUCCACGACCCGCCGGCGCCCAACCAGGUAACCAGCACUCUCCACCCAGACGCAACCAGGGCCAUUUGCUACAUGCGAGCUCUCUACUCCUACGACCCCACGGAUGACACUCUCUUGCCCACGUGCCCGUCGCAGCAGCCACAGGAUAUUGGCCUCAAGUUUGAAAAGGGCGAUAUUCUUCAGAUCGUUGACCAGUCGGACCCGAACUGGUGGCAGGCGCAGGUCGUGGGCUCCGGCAGCAAGCGCACAGGUCUCAUCCCUUCGCAGGAGCUGGAGGAGCGUCGUAAGGCCUUCGUCAGACAGGAGUAUGAUUACGUGCAUAAGAUCGGCAUCUGCGGCACCAGAAUCUCCAAGCGGAAGAAGAAGCUCAUGUUCUCCACCAAGAAGAGCACGGACUACGACCAGGCGGAGCUCCUGCUGUACGAGGAGGUCGCCCGGAUGCCGCCGUUCAUGCGCAAGACCCUCGUCCUCAUCGGCUCCCACGGCGUCGGCAGAAGAACGCUCAAAAAUAGAAUCAUCGCCUCGGAUCCUUCGAAGUUCGGAACCAUCAUCCCUCACACGUCCCGGCCCAUGAGAGAGCUGGAGGUGGACGGCAAGGCGUACCACUUCACGACGAGGGAGGCCAUGGAGGCGGACGUGCGGCAACACAGGUACCUCGAAUAUGGCGAAUUCAGCGGCAACCUGUACGGCACCAAGCUCGACUCCAUUCUGUCCGUGAUUCGCUCGGGGAAGAUGUGCCUGCUCGACUGCUCGCCUGCGUCCUUAAAGUACCUAAUCCCCUUAUACCUGAUUCAUUUUUAUCCUUCGCUAUCCUAUCUAUCUCUACGCCUCUGUGCCCUCUCCUGCUCGCGUAUGGACUCAGUCAAUUCUGUCAUACCCGUCUUAGCUCCCCCUACCUAUAAACAUUGGCAGGAGGUUCUCGCCUCAGGAGCCGACGGUUGGAGGACGGAUGUGAAGCACGUCGGCAGCGGAAGUCUUGCUGCUUGUUGCCUGUUAUUAAGUGCCUGUGCUUGCCCCUUCUCCCCCUCACAGUUCGACCGCAGCAGCUCCAUACGCUACAGCUCCCGACGUGCCAGGACCUUAGAGUCGCUGGCUUCGUUGUAUGAGGAGGAUGAUUUCAAGCGUACAAUGGAAGAAAGUGCGAAGCUACAGCGUGCCUACGAUAAGUACUUUGACAAAGUUAUCAUAAACAAUGACCUAGACGAUACAUACAACCAAAUCAUGGACGCUAUUGAACGCCUAGCAAUGGAACCCCAGUGGGUGCCCGUGACGUGGGUAUACUAGCACCCGUAUGCCUCUCAAAGCAUAUUGCAUGUACGUGUUGGCAUGACCGUAAGUGUUACCACGAACAAAGGAAGCAAGAAAGGCCACAGGAUCUGUGAUUUAGCAAUGGAAAUGAUUUUUUUAAGAGAUCGUGGGAGCAGUUCGACCGUCUGGUGCGCUUGUAUGAUUAUCUCUUCAGUGUGUGAUUGAAAAGACUGAAAAGUUAGGCUGUCAAAGUCUUCCAGGGUAAUCAAAUAUGGCGCCUCCCACCCACGAGCCAUGAAUCAACGUUUGAGCUAAAAGAUAGCUUGUCUUGCGAAAGGUUUGUCAGGAAUAUGCAUUCAGUGUGACAGCGAGAUGGUUAGACUCAGAGCUCAUUAAGUACCGAUAGAUAUUAAAGGAUGUGCUGUACAAUAAAGCUUUGUCAUCAUGAUUUUUGGGACUGUGCAAAUAUUUGUCAUUUUUCAUUUGAUAUUGUAUAAUAAUUCAAGACUUUUAUUCAGUAUCAUUUUAGCUGAAAACUUAUAUUACCUCACACACACACACACAACACACACACACACACACACACACACACACACAACACACACACACACACACACACACACACACACACACACACACACACACACACACACACACAACACACACACACACACACGCACACGCACACGCACACACACAACCCUAGAAUGAGAUACUUUUUCUUUCAACUAUUUUUUAAAAUAUCUCCCCUAAGGUUUUUUAUAUAUAUUUAGAAAAUGCAGUAAACAUGUAACGAGGCAGGAAUUUAUGUUGUCAAGGAUUUAAUAAUUAAACUAGUACAGUGAUCGCAAAGUCCUUAGCAUUUUAUCACGUGUUAAACAUGGUCUUAGAUGUUUAUUAUCAAUUAAAUGAUGGACAGAUUUUAUGCAUACAUCACUUAGCUCAAGUGCACGGAAAUGUUUUUGGCCUUGGAUACAGUGAAAAGAAAAGUAAUACGUAAUAUAUAAUUUAUUCAUGUUUGACGAAUUGAUCAGAAUUGUCUUUUUCAUUCAUAUUCCUCCUACGUAAUUGAUACAUUUCAUUAUUUUCCAUAGAAUACCCAGUGAUUUUAAGAGAACAUUUUGAGAAAGGAAAAUUAUAAGAAAAACGAGCAAAUUAAGAAAUGUAGAUAUCAAGCUCUUUUAUUAUUAUCACCGAGAGCUCGUAUCCCCUGUUUUUUUAAUGAUUCGACAUUAUGUCAACUCAAAAAUUAAAAUCCGUUUUUAGAAGAUCAAUUUCCACGUUUCAUAGAUAAUAGAAGCAUGGAGUGAACCAAGGCAGUUUAACGACGAGCUUAAAGUAAUUUUAACAUAACCUAUGCUAUGUAAAGAUAAAUACGAACGUAAAAAUAUAGUAUAAAAACAGCCUAUUGAAAUAUUGUAGAGAUAUAGUAUGUAAAUAAGAGUGUUAAGAAAGAAUAUUAAAAUACUGGACUCUGCAUUCAGAUAUCUAUGCUUGGUAAGGAUAAUAUCCAGGAAACAGCUCGUCAUCAGUGCUAUUCUUAUAAUAGCUGGCGUACUGCUUAAUCUUAUGGAAAUUCUGUGAUGUCCCUUAUACUAUUUUAAGGCGUAUGUAUAUGUAUGUAUAUAUUAUUGUAUCCUAUGGGACACAGUUUGAGUAAGAUUUCUUUCGUGUGUUUGUCGUUUUGUUUAUUUUGUGUUUUAAGUCUAUAGGAGCAUUAGAAUUGUUGAUAUCAUUUUGGCUUUAAAUACAGUUUGCUUUUGUAACUCUAGGUAAACUACAAAUUCAUCUUAAACUAAGUUACAGGGUAUGUUUCUUGACUGCACUGAUAAGACGAAAAAAAUAGCUAAAGGUGAGGAUUCACUGUUAGCUCAAAUCUCUCUUGCAGACUUUCAUUUUCGAGGAAGGAAUUCUCGAAAUUUCUUUCCGAAGAAUUUACUUUCUCAAGAUUUGAAAUAAUUCCAAGAAUAUCCGGAAUGAUUUAUAAACAAAAAAAAAAAAAAAACAAAGAAGAGUUAUUUGGUUAGGUCCAUAGGUAACUUGUAUAUUUCUUGUCCUGCCUUUUGAUAAGGAUUCUGUACUAGGAACUACAGCACACUCUUGCUCCCUACUCUUCUCCCUAGUGCUGACCCGUCUGGCUUUCCUAGGGACGAAGGAGAUCCGCGUCUUGCUAUAUUCUGCGCGUACGUGUUUGCAAUGAACAGUAAGAAUUGUCAUAGAUACAGUAUCAAAGGGUAUGCAUUAUAUAUAUAUAUAUAUAUAUAUAUAUAUAUAUAUAUAUAUAUAUAUAUAUAUAUAGUAUUAUAUAUGUAUGUGUAUAUAUACAUAUAUACACAUAUAUGUAUAUUUAUAUUUAUAUAUUGAUAUGAGAAUAUAUCUGCAUCAGGAUGAAAUACAUGAUAGGACUACUACUUGAAACCUCAGACUCCUGUCCCCCAUGAGAGGUGGCAAUGUGUUGCGUAAUCUUGUACAAUUACUUGAGCAAUGCAGAUGUUCACUGUGUGAGCUCUUUUACCCUCUUAUAUAGUUUUAUAUUUAUGUUUAUACAUAAAAAUAAAAUGAUAAAUGCCUAAA